UAUCAUACCGGAGGGAACGCGCCCGGGCGAUAGAGUGAAAGGGCGAAACCAGUACAGGUAGAAAAUCCUGAGAGUAGAAAAAAAUAAUAAUAAAGAAGAGCGGAGAAGUGGAAACCGGUGCGAACCGAAAACAGGGUUGACUCCGACCGAACCCAGCACUGCCAUACGACUUACACGUCGGCCUUCAUAAUUUCUCGUGCGGCGAACGAUCGUUCUCCGAGCAGCAGCAGCAGAUUGUGAAGAUCUGCUCACCCCCUUUUGUGGAUUUUUACCGCCUUCCCGGUCAGGGAGGAGUAGCAACCGAAUCUCCACCUAGGGUGGAAGAAAAAAACACCACCAACUUUUCCAGCGAGCGGUAAAAGCUCAAACUCUACGGUUCCUCGAGUUUCCCAUGAGGGCCCAAGGACCUACAAGUAGGGUGGUUGAUUGAAAUCCCCUGGAAAGAAGCCUGCAAUGGUCUUUCGUCGCCGUCAUCUGGACUUCUCGGCCAUCAUCAUCACCACUCUCAUCAGCUGUUGAAAAGUCAGAAAGGGUGCUCGUGCCGCCGGUUCGUUUUUUUGGUUCGCUCUCCAGUGGGUGUGUGGACGCCCUCCUCCCUGUGUUGCGAUCUGUGUUGAUUCGGCGGCCAUCAGCUACGGGUACUUUGAAGGUCGAGGAGCGCACCCUUUUUUUCGGCCAUGGGAUGUGCAAUGAGCGCCGAGGAAAGGGCUGCUUUGGCUAGGAGUAAGCAGAUUGAGAAAAAUCUCAAAGAGGAUGGGAUACAGGCGGCAAAGGAUAUCAAACUGCUCCUGUUGGGAGCUGGUGAAUCUGGAAAAAGUACCAUUGUUAAACAAAUGAAAAUUAUCCACGACAGUGGAUUUACGCAAGAAGAUUUUAAGCAGUACAAGCCCGUUGUUUAUAGUAAUACAAUACAGUCUAUGGUAGCCAUUUUACGAGCGAUGCCGAAUUUAGGCAUUGGAUUUGGAAACAAUGAGAGAGAGGCGGAUGCCAAGAUGGUGUUCGAUGUGGUGUCACGGAUGGAGGACACGGAACCAUUCUCGGAAGAGCUCACCAUGGCUAUGAAGAGACUCUGGGCGGAUACAGGCGUCCAGGAAUGUUUUGGACGAUCCAACGAGUACCAGCUCAACGAUAGCGCCAAAUAUUUCCUGGACGAUUUGGAUCGUUUGUGCAAGAAGGACUACAUGCCAACAGAACAAGAUAUUCUGAGAACGCGAGUGAAAACCACCGGCAUAGUAGAAGUUCAUUUCUCAUUCAAGAAUUUAAAUUUCAAGCUGUUUGAUGUAGGUGGUCAGCGAUCUGAAAGGAAGAAAUGGAUCCAUUGUUUCGAAGAUGUGACAGCGAUCAUCUUCUGUGUUGCUAUGAGCGAGUAUGAUCAAGUUUUACAUGAGGAUGAGACCACUAAUCGCAUGCAAGAAAGUUUGAAGCUCUUUGAUUCCAUUUGUAACAACAAGUGGUUCACAGACACUUCGAUCAUUCUCUUCCUCAACAAAAAAGAUCUCUUCGAAGAAAAGAUUCGGAAGUCGCCUCUCACCAUUUGUUUUCCCGAAUAUACCGGUGCUCAGGAGUACGGCGAGGCGGCGGCCUACAUUCAGGCUCAAUUCGAAGCAAAGAACAAAUCUACAACAAAGGAAAUCUACUGCCACAUGACAUGCGCCACAGACACAACCAACAUUCAGUUUGUGUUCGACGCUGUCACUGACGUCAUUAUUGCCAACAACCUCAGAGGAUGUGGCCUCUAUUGAAUUCCUUUAUUUGCUCAUCCCUUUCGUUUUUCUAUUGCUUGUCUCAAACACCCUAAAAUCGAUACCCCCUGCCCCACAGAGCGGUCGCUGACAAAAAAAAAUCAUGAAACGCAUAGCACCUCACUGAAAAAAAAAACAAUUAAAAACGAAGCCGCUGAGCUGUCUUUUUGUUCUGGUCUCUCUUAAGAUGCUUCGAGUGAGGAAAAAUUAUGAUUUUCCGUGUCAUCCCCGCCCCCCACUGAACUGCUAAAUAUGCGCAAUCCAAUAUGUUAACUGGAUUUAAUCGCCUUUCAGUGUAUUUCGUUCGUUGCACAAUGUGGAUUUUGUAAUCUUUUGGCUUAUUGCCCUAAAUAUAUCACUUUCUCACGUUCCCUUGUCUGAAAAAAAAAUAAGCCCACAUGAUGAAUUCGAAGUUUUUUAAUACUUGCCUAUUCGAAUAACUAGUGCACAAUUCCCAUAUUACCACCAUUAAAUUACUACGAUUCGAUGAAAGCUUUUUGAUUUAUUUAAAAAUAUCGAUUUCAUCGAAUAAAGGAUAUGAAGCCCACAGUUCUGUUUUCUGUGGCUUUAUGUACCCUUAAAUAAUACUUGCGUAAUACAUAUUAUAAACCAGCAUAAUACAUAUUAUAAACUUGCGUACUACAUAUUAACAAACCAAACCAAGACGAGCGGUAAUUGCUCAGUCACAAUUUUUUCCCCCUAUUCCCCCUUGUUGAUAAAUAUUAAAGAUGGAGUAUGCAAUGUUUACAACCAUUCUAUAUAUAUAUACAUACAUAUAUAUAACGAGGAACAUGAAAGCUUAUUUAUUUAAAAUUUUGAAAAAAAAGAUAAACAGCUGUAAUUGCAUUUAAUAUUUAUCUCUUCCGGGCAAUGCGAAUGAUGGCUUAGAAUGACCAAACGAAAGCUUAGGGUAAAGAUUAUGGAGCACAAACUGCUACAACAUAAAGGCAAAAUGAAUCGCUUUAACGCGUUUGAGUUGUUAUUACAAAAAGACUCUACCACAGGUUAUGAGCCCCAGACCUGUGGUGUGACUUUUUGUGGAUUGGUGCAUGGUACACGUGGAUGGUGCGACUUUUUUCUUUGGAAAGCCACAAAGCAUAUUUCACUAUUUGUACGUUCAUCCAAAUGUUUGUUUGUUGUAUUCAAGAAUUGAUGAUGACGAUGAUGCUAAUAUUUCGUGUAGUGGCGAUGCAUUUUUGCUAUGCAUUGUCUGUUUUUAUUUGUUUCACUCUGUUUCAUUUUGUGGACAUUGUGUAUUAUAUAUAUAUGUAUUUACCAUGGAAGAUCUAGUUUUCAGUAGGUGCCACCACAGCAAUUGGUGGCCACAACGUUUAAUAGAAUGAAAGAAAGCUGACACGGAAACCUGUGCCGUUUCCUCCAACGAGCGUGAUAAUGGAUGUGUGUGGUGCGGACUUAGAGCUCCAACUGUGCUAUUGUGACGUCAACUUACCGCACUGGAAGACACUGCAAUAGAAACUCGUGAUUAGUGGAAACGAUGGCUUUUUAAUAACCUACAGCAAUUCUUCAUGAAGUCAAAGGACAUUAACGCACCCACCAGCGCUUUGAGCCACACAGUUACGAUUCAGAACAUUUCUGAACUUGAUAAACAAACUAAUGGCGGAUGAAGAUGAUGAUGAUGAUCAAGAAGAUGAUGAUAAUGUUGUUGUAUUAACGUAUAUCUAUGUAUUGUCCUUUUGAAUGAUAUACCAAUUUUAUGUUCAUGUAAUGAAGGUAUCUCCUGAUGCAUCGGUGGAUAUCUUAGGUUCUUUUUGUUCUUAUUUCUGUUUUCAGCUCAGUUCAUGUUGGUUUUAAUAAGAAUUUAAACCAUUGUUGGAUUGAAUAAAAUCCAAUACUUGUGUCAAA